AUGGCCAGCAUGAGCGAGCCUGCUUCAAACACGGCAUCAUCUCCCACUCAGCAAUCACAAGCUGAAGCCAGAACAACAUCGUCGAUGCCCGAUAUCGCCGACCUCUCGCUCAAACACAACCCAGACAUCUUCACCAUCAUCUGCUGCAACGACAGCUUCCAGCUGGCACUCGACCACGACACAAUCAAGACCCUCCUCCGAGCGUGCAGAAAAACCCGGCCUCUCCUGGGCUCCAAGCUGGUUCAUUUCAACAAAUGGUGUCAGAAUGCAGGACUGUGUCAUCCAGACGGACAGCUGCGGAUCGGCCUCACACCAAGUGACCAAAUCGCCCUCUCGCUGCACUGCGAGGAUCAAGCCACAGCCGACCGAUCCUGGCUCGUUACCUUGGCAGAGCAGGGCAAUGCUGUGGCCUCCUAUCUCCUGGCUCGAAUGUUGCAAUCUGAGAUCGACUCAGAAGCUGAAGAUGAUGGGCUUGAGGAAAAUACCAAGCAACACCACAUAUUUCACUAUCUGAAGAAUGCGGCUGAAGCUGAUCAUGUCAUGGCCCAGUUCCACCUGGCCGAGUGUUAUCACAGCGGACUCGGGGUCGACCGAGACCACACCAAGGCCAUCGGGCUCUAUCGCAGUCUUGCUGAACGUGGAAUCACUCAGGCCCAAGUUGCGUUCGGAGGUUGCUAUGAAAAUGGUGAAGGUGUCGAACAAGACUACGACUCAGCUAUCGAAUGGUAUUCCAAGGCCGCAGACCAAGGCAGCGACGAUGGCCGUCUCCACAUCGUGUUCCUCCGAGGAUGGUUCUCGUUCAUCGGCCAUGGUGUCGCACAGAGCGAUGUCGACGCCUUCAACUACUGGCAUGAAAUCAGCACCCAAUCCACCGACCCAGUCAUCAAGCCCAUUGCCACGCACAUGGUUGGGUGGAUGCACUAUCUCGGCCGGGGCACCGUGCGAGACGAGCAGAAGGGUGUCAAAAUCAUCCGUGAGAACGAAUCGAAAGUGUUCUGGCUCGGGGAAAAUCAUAGUCUAGCAGAAGACUAUAACAGCAUUGAGUCCAAAUCACCCGCAGCCCGCAAGUUCUUCGAGUUGUGCCAGAUGGGAUCGGACCGUGACUGGCUCUGCAGACAUCUCAUGGCCGUUUGUCUGUUCCAUGGAUUCGGAACCACUCCGGACCGGGUGAAGGCAGCGGGCAUCUUUGAGCAACUCGCCCACGAAGGUCACAGCGACAGCCAGUUCUGGAUCGGAAUUUGCUACUUCUGUGGCCGGGGAGUAUCGACAGACUACACGAAGGCCUUCCGGUGGUUCAGCGAGUCCGCCGACCGAGGGAAUUCGUAUGGACAAUGGAGGGUUGGAGUGUGCUACUACUGGGGACAAGGAGUCACUCAAGACUAUACCUUAGCGGCCGAGUGGUAUCGCAAGUCGGCCGAGCAGGUCAAUCGAUACGGACAAUAUUAUCUCGGCCACUGCUACGAAAAAGGCCUAGGAGUCCCCGAGAACAUCGACACCGCCGUCUUCUGGUACCGCAAGUCCGCCGACCAGGGUUUGUUCGAUGCAAUCGAUCAGCUCGAUUGGCUCAUUCUGAUAGAGAAGGUGAACGAAGUGGACUAAGCCUGUAUGCGUGAAGGAAAUACGUUAUGGUGGACAGAACAAGAAUAUCCUCGAACAAGGAGCAGUUCUGGGACGGGGUGAGCAUUGGCAUUACAGCGUUACCAAAAUGAAAUAGGGCACCCCCGUUUUGGGCCAUGACAGUGUGUUUUCUGUGACCUGAAUACACCCACCCGCUCAUUGCAUUCAUG